AUGGCGUGUAGAGUUCAACACUCAUUACAAAGCAGCCUCCGCCUUUUCUCCUCACCCUCGCCGCUCUUUGUGCGCACCUCCUUCAAGUAUCCAGCAGUGCGCUUCAGAAAUCCAAUUCACAGAGCUUUCUACUGCACUUGCGCCGCCGUGGACCCUUUUAUCGUCACCACACCGCUCUACUACGUAAAUGCCCCUCCGCAUAUGGGAAGCGCCUACACCACCAUCGCCGCCGAUGCAAUUGCCCGUUUCAAGAGGCUUCUAGGGAAGAAGGUUAUAUUUAUAACCGGCACGGACGAGCAUGGGGAAAAGAUUGCUACUUCUGCAGCUGCCAGUGGUUCCAGCCCCGGAGAACAUUGUGAUAUGAUUUCACAAGCUUACAAGGCAAUCUGGACCGAGUUGGACAUAUCUUAUGACAAGUUCAUUCGCACGACCAAUCCCAAUCAUGAAGCCAUUGUCCAUGAAUUCUAUGCAAAAGUUCUUGCCAAUGGUGAUAUCUACCGUGCUGACUAUGAGGGACUGUACUGUGUCAACUGUGAGGAAUACAAGGAUGAAAAGGAAUUGUUGGAGAAUAAUUGCUGCCCAAUGCACCUGAAGCCAUGUGAAUGGAGGAAGGAAGACAAUUACUUUUUUGCACUAUCAAAGUAUCAAAAGCGACUAGAACAGAUUUUAACGGAUAACCCAGACUUUGUGCAGCCUUCUUUUCGUUUGAAUGAGGUGCAAGGUUGGGUAAAAAGUGGCCUGAGAGAUUUCUCCAUUUCUCGAGCAUCAGUGAACUGGGGAAUCCCUGUCCCUAAUGAUGCUAAGCAGACUAUAUAUGUAUGGUUUGAUGCUUUACUGGGUUACUUAUCUGCUCUUUCAGAGGAUAAUAAUGAGCCUAACUUACAUGCAGCCAUAUCGUCUGGUUGGCCUGCAUCAGUACACUUAAUCGGGAAGGACAUAUUGCGGUUUCAUGCAGUUUAUUGGCCCGCAAUGUUGAUGUCUGCUGGAAUAAGCCUGCCAAAGAAGGUUUUUGGGCAUGGAUUCUUGACGAAGGAUGGGUUAAAAAUGGGGAAAUCGCUUGGAAAUACUCUUGAACCGACAGAUUUGGUGCAAAGAUUUGGGGCUGAUGCAGUGAGGUAUUUCUUUCUCAAGGAGGUGGAAUUUGGUAGUGAUGGGGACUACUCGGAGGACCGUUUCAUCAAUAUUAUCAAUGCAAAUCUUGCAAAUACCAUAGGUAAUCUUCUUAAUCGUACACUUGGACUUCUGAAAAAGAAUUGUCAAUCCACAAUUACCGUUGAUUCAGCAAUUGCAGCAGAACAAAAUGCAUUCAAGGAUACCGUGGAAAAGCUGGUCGAGAAAGCCAGGCAGCACUAUGAGAAUCUUGAAUUGUCGUCAGCUUGUGCAGCUGUGCUAGAGAUUGGUAAUACUGGGAAUGUAUAUAUCGAUGGAAAAGCGCCAUGGUUACUUUUUAAGCAAGGGGAGUCUGGUUUCGAAUCUGCAUCCAAGGACUUGGUAAAUGUAUUAGAAGCAAUGAGGAUUGUGGCCGUUGCUAUAUCCCCUAUUACCCCAAGUUUGGCUCUGAGAAUAUACACCCAGCUUGGCUACUCUGAAGACCAAUUCUAUGCCAUCACCUGGAAUGACACCAGGUGGGGUGGGCUUAAGCAGGGUCAUGUCACGGCUCUGCCAAAGCCCGUUUUUGCCAGAAUCGAGCUUGAAGCUGACUUGAAGGGUGACUCGAGUGAAACAAAGAAAGCCAGCAAGAAAAAGGAGAAGCAAACGGCUCAAAAGGCAGUCGAGGCUUAA